AAAUAAUAAUGAAACAAACCAUUAAAACCAAAAACAAAACCACAAACCUUGCUGCCUUGCUCAGCACCAUGCCUUUCUGCUUUGGUGAGCUCUCCUCUGUCUUAAAAAUACCUGGCAGGUGCUGAUUAAGACUAGGUCCUGGUGCAGCAGCAGGACAUAACACCUCCAUCCAUAAAAAAACGAGCCAGGAGCAAGCUGCGUAACAGUGAGAUUCAUUGGGAGAAGGGGUUGGCGACCAUGAGCUCAUAAGGUGAGAAUCCAGUCACAUCAUUUUUAUUAUUAGUUAUAAGUUGUCAGGAGUCAUAGCUCUGACUCCCCCUCUGGUCACCAGUGGGAACAGUCACCAGAGUGCUGACUGAACUUCAUCUCCCAGCAGCCCCAGCCCUCAGUUCCUGGUUCCUGCUCAGCUGUCUCCAAUCAAAUAAUCACCCACCUGCUUCUUAAGCAGCACACAGAGCCACACUCAGUGCAAAGUAUUGUUUGUGCAUUACUGAGCUUUUCUACCUGGACCUGAUCUUCUGUCUCUGACCCUGCGUCAUCUCUGCUUGCCCUGACCCUCACCUGGACCCUUAUCACUCUGCUGUCUUCUUGGAUUAUCCCAUGCUUGUGAUUGACAUCUACCUGCCUGACCCUGAUUUCAUUUUGUGGGCUUUUAGCUCUGCUUAGUUCUGAACUGAUAAACCUGCUGCACGUGGACCCAGCUGUCUGCCCAAGUGUGGAUGAGAGGAUUGAUGAUGUCCUUCAAAUGGUACAUUUCCUGCUCCGAGAGUGCACCCAGCAUGUCCAACAGAGUAAGGUUAAACCGUUUGAUGGGGUUGCCUUUCGGAUGGUAGGGUGUUGUUCUGAUUUUGUGAAUGCAUGCAAGGCUAUAGAGUUCUCCAAUUGUUUCAGAGUCAAUGCCUUGGUCUCUGGGCAGUUUUGAGGCAAUUCUGUGUCUGUUCUGCACAAAUAAGUCAUUCCAUAAACUCUUUGACACAGUGCAGGCUUUUGGACUUGGUGUUGGUACAGCUGCAGCAUAUUUGGUGAAGUUACCUGUUAUAAUACAGGCACGUUUUUGACAAAGCAGAGAGCCAUCGAUAGCUGUGGGGUUGAGUUUGGCUGAUUUCAAGAUGUAGGUUAGAGGUUAGUGCAUGACCAUAUGGCUACUGGUAUACAUGUAUCCCUCUGUGUAACAGGCAAAUUGAUGUUUUAAAUACUUUUAUUGCUAUCAUUAAUAUUUUUUAUGGUUGUUCCAUUCUAACAUCAUUUUUUAAUGUGUGACUUUAUUACUAAGUAUUUUUAGAUCUUGCAGCAUGUUUAACAAUCUAGCACUGUUUAAAUAUGCUAUAGAGAUCUAGUUGUGACUGACAUAAAGAUUCUUUGUAUACUUUUUUAAAAACCUGAAUACCAGGAAAAGGAAUAUAAUUACAAAUUUAAUAAAGACAAAAAUUAUAUAAAAAAAAUUUUAUUGUAGUUUAUUUAAUGGGGAACAAAUGAAGGCUUACGUAUUCCAACAGCAGGUUACUCAGUGAUCUCACACCUUUAAGUCCCAAGUGCCAAUUGUGUCUCUGUAUAAAAAAAAAAAACCUUUUCAAAGUGAGUCAGACAGUGUUGGUGUGACAGCAAACUGCCACAGGCGAGAACCCACAGGUGCCCUCUGACUUGAGGUUUUUUUUGUUUGUUUGUUUUAUGAUUACAAACACUCUACAGAUUUUUUUUAUUGUUUUUUUUUUUUAUUUCUCCACAGGAACCUGAUUAUUGUUGAAUAAACUUUUGUUUCAGGUAAAGAUUACUCAUCUGUAGCCACUUGAAGCCAUUUUUUUCUAAGAAGAAGAGACUGCAUGAUCAUGCUGUCAAACUCUUCACCAGUGGACAUAUUGUCAUUGUCAUCUCUGGAAAUUCAAUCUAAAUAUAUUUAUCCAUCAUUUAUAUUUGGAACUCUUCUUUAUCUGAUUAUUGUCUUUUUCAAUCUGCUGGUAUUGCUAACUAUCCUUGUGAGUAAAAAGCUCCACAAACCCAUGUUUAUUCUGCUGUUAAAUCUGCCCAUCAGUGACAUUUUGGGUUCAACGGCCCUUUUCCCUCACCUUCUUUUCAGCAUCAUCACUGAGAACAGACACAUUCCUACCAAGGCGUGCCUCACGCAGGCUCUUUUCAUUCAUAUCUACGGCACAGGAAACUUGAUGAUUCUGAGUGCGAUGGCGUUUGACAGAUAUGUGGCUAUAUGUCGUCCUUUAAACUAUCAUUCAAUACUGACAUCCAAGAAUGUAAUUAGAAUUAUUGUUUUGGUAUGGUUUAUCAAUGUGUCAAUGAUAUUCACCUUGUUCCUUGCAUUUAUGCAGUCAAAUAUUUGCAGGACGGAAGUUGUAGAUUUGUUUUGUAACUAUCCAUCAGUGCUGAAAGUCAUUUGCGAUGAUUUGACCUGGAACAACUAUUAUGGGAUAUUUAAUAGUAUGAUAAUAUUAGGAUGUCCAUUGAUGAUUAUAUUGUACACCUAUGUACAGAUUUUGGUCACGUGUAUAAAGACAAAUAACCCAGAUUGCAGGAGAAAGGCCCUUCAAACGUGCUGUACACAUGUGCUUGUUUUUCUUGUGUUGCAGAUCAACACAAACGCUACAUACAUCCUUCAUCGAAGUCAAAGUAGACUAACAGUUCUGAGAAGAGCCUUUGGACUUUCUGUUGUCAUUUUCCCUCCCUUUUUGGACCCUUUAAUUUAUGGACUGAAUGCUAGAGAAUUGAGACAAUGUAUAGUAAUGUUUCUGAGAAGAAAUGUGGGUUCUACAAAGUAG